GCCGCAUUAUGCGCAUGUUCUUCCACUAUCAGCAAAAAAAAUUAAGGGAACUUGGUGGUAUUCUUUUUGAUUGUUUCAGCCGUCUGGAAUCUGAACUAAGUUCAGGCAAUAAUAAUGAAGGAACAUUCAUGGCUUUGCACUUUCAUCACACAGAUUUCCCUCUGUUUCUGUGUUUACCUUGCAUUUAACAUGGGUGACAGAACUGAGAGUAGCAGCAGGCCUGUUGAGACGUACUUUAUGAGUGUUGCAGGAGGUUUUAGGCCUGAAAAAGAACAGACCCUUCUUCUCAAACUGAUGGCGAAGGUGGCAAAAGUGUACAAAGUACAAUUUGUAGUGAGCAUUAGUGAACUUGGAGAAAAUGAUCCUCUCGGCCUGAAUGCCACGUGGUAUUUUCUGUCUCUAAAACUUCCCUGGUAUACCAUCCUUUACCAUGUCUGA